AUGCUGGCCCAGGAGCUCUUGGACGUCGGCUUCCCUAUGUUGGAGAGGAUGAUCCAAUAUGUUGUUGUGCCAUGCAGAGGAAAAGAUGACGAGAUGGCGCUGUACCAUGCGACGCCGAUCCAGCAGAUCCCGCCUUCUCAUCACCAUCACCACAGUAUGGUGCUCGAGAGCACUAUGGACUCCUCUAACACUAUAAAUUUCUCGUAUUCGGCUGCGACGUCGUUUAUGUCGUCGUUGAUCGGCGACUCCGAUAGCAAGCAACCAAUGUCGUCUUCGGCUUUUCAAAUUACCAAUUUUUCCCAGGUUUCCUCAGCCGGAAAGCCGCCGCUUUCCUCCACCUCGUUGAAGCGGAAGUGCAGCUCCGAGAACUUGGGCUCUGGGAAGUACGGUGCUGGAUCCUCCGGGCGCUGCCAUUGCUCCAAGAAGAGAAAGCUGAGACAGAAGAGGGUUGUAAGAGUUCCAGCUAUAAGCUUGAAGAUGGCGGAUGAGGCUGCUGAACACGCAGUGGCUUGUAGAACGACGGGUUGCUGUAUUUCCAUGCUACAUUGCUCCUGCUGCAGACGUGAUAUGCUGCAAAGACAACGCUCACCAUCGGAUACGUUGCUCGCUGCACGGAAUGAUCUUCGUUGUGAUGGUGGAGGAGCAGCAGGCAUGCUUAGAUGGUGUUCUCCAGCGUCGUCGGAAAGAAGAGUUCUGGCAAUGGCAUGGCAGAGCUGA